UUCUCAUUCUCUUGCUUUCUUCUUCGACCGUCCUCUCUCUACAAGAAAAAAACCCAGCGAGCUCUCUCUCGCAAUCGUUGAGUUUGUUCUUCGGCUUUUCUAGGGUUUCAAAUUUUCCUUUCCGAUCGGGUUUAAUGGCGACUCUAGACUCCGACGUUCCUAUGAUUCCUGCGGGAGGAGCCUCUGGCAGCGCUGCUUCGUCUUCCACAAAGAAACCUAAGCGAUUCGAAAUCAAAAAGUGGAGCGCCGUUUCUCUCUGGGCUUGGGAUAUCGUUGUUGACAACUGUGCGAUCUGCAGAAACCACAUCAUGGAUCUCUGCAUCGAGUGUCAAGCUAAUCAGGCCAGCGCUACUAGUGAGGAAUGCACCGUUGCUUGGGGGGUUUGCAAUCAUGCCUUCCACUUUCACUGCAUCAGCAGAUGGCUAAAGACUCGUCAAGUUUGUCCGUUAGAUAACAGUGAGUGGGAGUUCCAGAAAUAUGGUCACUAAACCAAGGACUGUUACCCGCAAACAUGUGUCUAAUCGAGAAGAUAUCAGGUUCAUCUGGUUACCGCAUCCGCAUAUGAUAACUAAGGAUUUUCUCAGGGUUUUUCUUUUCUUUUAUCUUUUUGUAAUGUAAUUCGCCAAGUUGUGGAAACAGAGAUUCAUUGUUCAUUGAACCUAUCAUCGUUGUGCUUUGGGUGACAUGGUUGAUUUUCAAAAUUAAAAACAAAAAAUUGUCUUCAAAAGAA